GUGCGAGCCGCGCACGUGCUAGUUUAAUAAGUAAAAUUAAAAUUCCCAUAUUUGUGAAUACUGAAAGGAAAAGUUCACACCAAUAAUUAUAUAAAUAUAAUUAUUUGAUCUUAAUGGAAUAACAUAAGGUUACAAAAAGCUAUUUGUUAUUUUGUAAUCCUACCGUUGAAAAUGGCAUCUACAUCGCUCAGUGAACAGUUAAAGAAGUUAUCGACACCACAAACGUCUAUCUACAAAGAUGAUAAAAAGCGUGUGUCUCUAUUAUUCGACCCAAAAGAGGCUGCAUUAAAAGAUCGUGAAACUUUCUAUGAAAUCGGUCUAAGCGGUCUCAAUGAACUAAUAGCGUUAUAUGAAGGUUUUCGCGUGUAUGAGGAUUCACUAUUUAGCGUUUCCUCCAAAGACUUUGAAAGAGCUGUGCAAACUAAGGAAGUAAAUAUUAACUUGGAUCAAACUAUUGAAAAGAUUAUUCUAGAACUUUCACCAUACAUGCUUCUACAGUCCUCCCACAAAGCUUUAGAAUGGCUAGUUAAUAGGUACCACAUCCAUGAAUACAAUCAAGAUGCCAUUAUGGCACUCAUUCUUCCCUACCAUGAGACAAAAAUAUUCAUCAGAUUCGUGCAGAUAAUGGACAGUAGCUCAAUAAAAUGGAAAUGGCUAGAACCUAUUAAACAACAUGGUAUUCCCCUGUCAAAAUUAGUGUUGCACAAGCAAUGCAUGUCUAAUGUCAGUACCUUACAAUUUAUUGCUAAAAGUACUUUAAAAUAUGUUGCUCAUUUUGGGGAAAGGGCAACACAGUUAAAUACAGUUUUCGCAUUUUUUUGCUCAACUGCAAUUGGUUGCAUGCAUAAUAGUCAAACUAUCUCUGAAGCUAUAUUAAUUGCAUUGUUACCUACUUUGAUCAGUGCAUUGGAAUCACCUAUUGAUGAUUUUAGAUCUAGCGCCUAUAUCAUUUUAGGCUUCUUAACAACUAAAGCAAAAUUGAAGAAAAAGAUUGUAAAGGAAAUAAUGGAUAAGCUUCUAUCUUCAGAAUUUGAAAUCACUCAAGAUGUAGUGUUGCUGAUGAAUCUUAUUUACACUAACCAAAAACAUAUAACAAAAAUGUCAGAUGACCUUUUAAACAAUAUUUCUCUAGACUUACUGUCUACUAUUUGCAGUUUUUUGAAAACAUUAAGCCAAGGAAAUAUUAAUAUUUUACCAUUUAUAUUGGCUUUUCUCUCUGGAGUGUUAAGUAAGAUUCAGCUAAGUAGUGAAGAAUUCAUAGUGUUUUCAAAACUUCCAACAUUCUUCAUUGAUCAAGUGGAUUUAAAAAGUCAGCAGCCACAGAAGAUAAUCGAAUGUGUCCUUAAUGCCUGGAUAGCACAAAAUAAAUCUCAACCAGCUGAUGAUGAAGGCAGUGAUUUAGAAAUUAUAAGCGAUGAUAAUGAUUUCUCAUGCAAGCUUCUAGAAUGGUAUUCAUUAUUUUUCAAAGACCUUGAAAGUAAAUAUCCUGAUGCUUUUGACAAAGUUAUAAAACAGGAAAUGAGCUCUGAUAAUAAGCUGCGUAAAGCAUGCCUUUCUAAAGUGUUAGGAUUCAAUCCAGCUAUUGCUCAUAAGGUUGGCGGGGCUUACCUAUUUGAAAAUUUAAAUCAUUCUAAUCCUGAAAUCAGAAGAGAAGCAGUUACCUUUAUUACUAAAGAAUUCAAAUCACUUCAUCUUAAAAGCAAAGAGUUUGUUAAAGAUUCGAUUGUUAAUCGAUUACACGAUGACAACCCAGGUGUUGUUAGAGAAGUUUUGUCAAUACCUGAUGCUGAUUUAAAUGAAAUACUUGACGAGGUUGAUUUGUCUGAUGUUUUCACACACAUAUUAUCCCAACAAUCUAAACAAUGGAAACCUGUUAUCAAACAAACUAUUUUAAAAAUGUGUAAAAUUGACAAUCUCCCAGUCAACCAUGAUACUCUUUUAUCAAUUAUGCCAUAUCUCUUUCCCUUUGACCAUGCAAGUUGUCAAAUAACUUGGCACAUUUUAUCUUCAUCUUGGGGCAAUAAGCUUGGUUUGAUUAAAAUGAUUGAUUCUGAUAAAUCUGUGCCUGAUAAACCUCAAGUUCUCAGACAGUUAAUAUUUAAAGCUUUGUUUAUCAAUAAUUCAAUACAAAUUUAUGACUUAUUGGAUAUUACUCGAUUAAAUAAGAAUAAAACAACUGAUGUUGUAUUCUAUUUGCUUUUAAAAACAUGUUCUAUAGAACAUACACCAAUUGAAGACGUUAUUAGCAUUCUAGAUUUGUUGUUAGAAUCAGUUGAGAAAAGAACAAUCAUCUCCAGUGAAAUAAGUAAUGUAUUCAAUGACGGAACAGUUUUGGAGUUGAUAAAGCUUGCUAAACAUGAUGAAAUUUUGUUUGAAUUAUUGGAUUUUAUUUUUAUUAAAAUUACGCAAAGGCUUAAUCCUAGCGAUGUAAGUAAGCCAUGGUGUAAUUUUUGUGUCAAACCUAAAAAUAUUCUAGUGAGAAGGCUAUUUGAACUGUUCAUAACUGGAUGUUCAAUACCAGGAUACAGCGAGACUUAUAUUAAAUUACUCCAGCAGCUUUUUAAGCGACUGUUCAAAAAUGCCAAGGAAAAGUUUGAUUUUGUCGCAAACAUUGCAUGUGGACAUAUUUUGUAUGCAGCAAAUCCAAAUGAUUUAAUUAAUCCAGCACUGCAGCUGAGAUCUUUAAAACUGCUCGGGAAUUUCAUAACAGUGCAAAAAAAUGAAACAUGGCUUUAUGACUCUGAUGUUCUCAUUGUGAUGGUUCUAAGUUGCUUAAGUCAUCCUAUUAAAUCUAUACGCAAAGCUACAAUAAAUUUUAUAGACAUUUUGUUACAACAAUCUAAGGACAAAAAUGUGAUAUACAUCCAGUUUUUAAGAGAUUUGCAAGUACAUAAAGAAGAAAUGUUGAUAGAUCAUGAACAAGUUUCACAAGUAAUAAAGAAGAUAUUAACUCAGCAAUCAAUUGGAAAUAAAUUGUCCAGAAAGAACUGCAUGCUGAAACUGACAGGAAUUAUAAUUGGUGACACACCAGCUUUUAUUAAAUCUGUAGUAGUCAAAUUAUUGUCCAACAUUAAUAAUGCGAAUAUAUAUUCACACAUCAUACCAUCGCUAAAGAAUUUACUUGUGGCAUUGAAAUGUGAGGGAAAGAUAUUUGACAUCUAUGAAUCAACUUUAUUUACAAAUGUUCUCAAUCAAUUGAAUGAGAAUACAAUUUCUGCUAUUUCUAAACAUGAGGUAUGGGAAAUAGUGGAAACUGGUUUGAAACAGUACAAAGAGUGUAUUUUACAAGACACCAUGGAAUAUACAAGUCCAUGUGUUUUAAUAUUAAAGCAAAUUAAUGAAGAUGUUUUUGCUAAAGUCCCAGAUGAUAAAUGCAAAGACCUUAUCAAUUUAAUUACAUCAGCUGGUACCUCUAGUAAUAAUCCCAAUAUAUCCAGUGUAGCAGCAAAAACUAUAAAGAAAAUACACAUGAAACUUGUCGAUUUUAAACCAUUACUUGAAAAAAUGUUGAAUGUAUCAGAUCCAGCAGAUGUUCCAAAGAAGAAAAAAUCAACCAUUUCAAUGUAUUCCUACCAAGUGGUUGAAACUGAUGAGUGGCGUUUAGGCGUAACAUUACUUGAAUACAUACAGAAUAAAAAAAAAAUGACCUUAGACAACACCUUUGUGUCCAUAUUGUUUCAAGUGCUUAAUAAAUGUCAAAGAUUUGAAGAGCAAUCUUAUGUAGAGUAUACAAAACAGUUAAUAUUGUCUUCACUCUGGUACUAUUGCAAGAAAUAUAUAGAUGAUCAGGAUCAGGAACAAGUUAGGGCGUUAAAAAGUGUAUUUGACGUAGAAUUAAUUGUUCAAUGCAUUCGCGGAACACAAAAUCCUCAAACAAAUCAUCACGCUUUGAUGCUGUUAUCUCAAGCUGCCUAUAUUUUGCCUGAACAAGUACUUCAUCACACAAUGGAAAUAUUCACCUUCAUUGGCUCGUCAGUUCUGCGUCACGAUGAUGCAUACAGCUUCCAAAUUAUUACGAAAAUUAUAGAGACAUUGAUUCCUAUACUAGUGAAGAUGAAUAAAGAAGUUCAAGAUUAUACAAGGAAGGAAUUAGAGCAGCUUCGAAAACGGGUGGUUCCUGUACUUCGAAUAUUUGCAGAUGUCGUCUUACACGUGCCAGAACAUCGGAGAUUACCACUAUAUAAAAAACUGAUUGAAACAUUGGGUGCAAACGAAUUUCUCUGGGUUUUCCUUGCACUGUUGCUCGAAACUCACAUUAGUCACUUUAACGAUGAGAAAAAGAAAGAUAAUAAGCUGACUUCAAAGUCACUGGCUGAUAAAGAAUCACCAAUAAAUCGAAUAGAUUUUGGACAAAGUAUUGUUCUGGAAUUCCCUCCUGAGGUUGCUUUAGAAAACUUUAUCAAACUGACCGUUUAUAUGAAGUCACUGCCAUUACUCAAAGAUGAUGAUGCUAUGGAGACUAGCAUAGAUCCCAGUGAGAUUUUUAGCGUAAACGGACAUUCGGCUAUACAACUGCGCCAUUAUAAAUACGUUAUCGUAACAUUUUUGAACACUUGCUUAAGUUUGCCGAGAUUCAUAGAACAGUGUAGUCAGGCGACUGAAAUCACGGCAAUGGAACUCCACUUUAAAUCAUUGGUGGUUAAUAUCCUUACUUUCAUUCAAAGUAUUACGAAAAUAAAAGAUGAAAAAACCGCAAAAUAUUGGCGUGUUAUGUUGCAUCACAGUUACGAUUUCUUAGACCACGUUAAUAAUUUGCUAUCAGCUCCAAUGUUCAUCUCCGUGAUAAGAGGGCUCAUGACACACACCUUACAAACUGUCCAAAGAAAAUCAAUGGAGUUAUUGAAUUUAAAGAUCCAAUGUAGUCCGGAGAUGUUUGAUACGGUUGACCAUGAACUGAUGUUUUCAUUGCUUCCUAGUUUAUUGCGAAUUGUUAAAACUAUUGGAACAGAAGUGGAAAAUGUCGACGAAGCUCAAGAUUUGGAGCUUAACCAGCAAACGGCAUUACUCUCGCUAAAAUUACUUACUCGAAUGCUAGCAUCUAAAGAUCCAGAGGCAUUCCAGCCUGUCUUGGAACUUGUAACAGAUCAAACAUGUAGUUCGGGUAUUCCACCAAACGUGAUGGCAUCUAUUGUGCUCUGCUUAGCUGAAUUAUGUGCCAAUUUGAAGGCAUAUUCAUUGAGCUCACUUCGCAAAUUCAUGCCGGCACUUAUAAAAGUCCUGAAAACUCAACGUAAAGCAGAAACUCCAGAAUUGGUUCUGCUAAGUACUGUGACGGCGAUUUCUAAAAUUGUUGAAAGUAUGCCUUUGUUCUUAAGCCCAUAUUUGCAGAAGAUAAUUUACGAGUAUUCAAUAUUGAGCGCUAAAUGGUUGAACAACGACCAGGAAUGCAAUAAAGUGUCUGCAAUUAUUUCUAAAUUGUUAACUAUCAAGAAAAAGCUUGCAAGUUCAAUUCCACCAAGAGUUCUAAUACCAGUUGCGAAUGAGACGCACAAAUUAAUAUUGAACAAACAGAAAUUCGACGCGGUUGCACCUGUUAUGUCAUUAUUGGCAGAUAGUUUUGCGAACAUAACUACAGCGGACUUCACAGCUUUACAGCAAGACUUGACAAGUUUCUUCAUUUCUGCUCUGCAAUUACGAUGCGAUGCAGGUGAUAUAGAUGCUGAUUUGAUCGACGGAGCCGAAGGUGAAGUCGUCAAAGCGUUGGUAUCUUUGGUUCUGAAGUUGUCUGAAACGAGCUUUAGACCGUUUUACUUUAAAAUAUACGAUUGGGCAAUAAGAACUAACAUUGAAGGACAUAAGGAAAGAGCUAUAACGUUCUAUAGAUUAAGCAGCGCAAUAGCAGAUAAACUAAAAGGUUUAUUCGUAUUAUUUGCUGGUCACUUCAUCAAAAACGCUGCAGAAUUGUUGGACGCUUGUAACAACAGCAAAACUGAACAAUUAUACUUCGAUUCUGAGGAAAAAUGCAUUAUUUUAGUAAAGAACAUUUUGAAAACACUACAUAUUGUGUUUCUAUACGAUAGCCAGAAUUUCUUAAAUAAGAGUCGAUUUGAGACGUUAAUGCAGCCCGUGGUUGAUCAGUUGGAGAACACCUUGGGUGGGAUUCCUAACCUUAAGGCGAGAGCAGAGGAGACUAUUAUCCCUUGUAUAUCUCAGUUCGCUGUGGCAACCGGCGAUGAUUCACUUUGGAAACUCCUGAACUACCAAGUUCUUUUGAAGACCAGACAUAAUGAUGCAGAAAUAAGAUUAACAGCCUUAGAAUGUCUGGUUGCUAUAGCAACGCAACUAGGCAGUAACUGGCUCCCUCUAUUGGCGGAGAGUGUUCCCUUCUUCGCUGAACUUCUAGAAGACGGCGAUCAGAGGAUUGAAACUGCAACAAAGAAUGCAGUACGAACACUGGAACAGAUUUUGGGAGAACCGCUUGAAAAAUACUUUUAAUUUUUAUGUAAACAAAAUAAAUAUUGUUAGCGUA